AUGUUAUCGUCGAACUGUGAGAUGGGAACGAAUUCGAGCUUCCUUUUUCCCGUACAACCUGUUCGCUUCUUGUGGGAUUUCACACAAUCAAGGCCACACGAUCGAAUUGAACAUCCUGGACAUUUGUACUUCCAUGGAUUCAACUUGCACUCCUCACAGACCGGAUUAUCCAUCUUCUUGUCCAUAUUCGACCUUGUCCGUCGUGGUCCUCGUCAAGAGGUUAUGGAGUUGGGAGUGACUAGGGUUUAUGAGUUCAUAUGUCUUGUCGUCAAAUUCGGACAUGUGGUGAAGACUGGACAACGUGGUGAGGACACCAUUCUUAAUGUGAGACACCAGUCCAAUGUUCCUUGA